AUGGAUUUGGAUCAGUUGGACCUGAAUCCCAGAAUUAUUGCUGCAGUUAAGAAAGCCAAACUGAAAUCAGUGAAGGAGGUUUUGCAUUUUUCUGGACCAGACUUGCAGAGACUGACCCGCCUCCCCAGCCUCGACGUGCAGCACCUGCUGAGAACAGCCUCCUCACACCUGCAGGGGACACGCGUCUGCACAGCGCUGCAUCUGCACCAGCAGAAGCAGAGGUUCCCCACGCAGCACCAGCGCCUGAGCCUGGGCUGCCCCGUACUCGACGGGCUUCUCCGCGGCGGCCUGCCCCUGGACGGCCUCACCGAGCUGGCCGGCCCCAGCUCCGCCGGCAAGACCCAGCUGGCGCUGCAGCUCUGCCUGACCGUGCAGUUCCCGCGGCAACACGGAGGCCUGGAGGCCGGGGCCGUGUACAUCUGCACGGAAGAUGUCUUCCCCAGCGUGCGUCUGCAGCAGCUCAUGGCUCAGCAGCGGCGCCUGCGGACAGACGUGCCGGGAGACGUGGUGGAAAGAAUAAAAUUUGGCAACCAGAUCUUCAUUGAGCACGUGGCCGACGUGGACACCCUCCUGGAGUGUGUGAGGAAGAAGGUGCCCGUGCUGCUGUCUCGGGGGGUGGCCCGUUUGGUGGUCAUUGACUCCGUGGCCGCCCCAUUCCGCUGUGAGUUUGAUGGCACGGCCUCGGUCCCCAGGGCCAGGCGUCUGCAGGCACUGGGGGCCACCCUGCGCCGGCUGAGCUGCACCUUCCAGAGCCCGGUGCUGUGCAUCAACCAGGUGACAGAGGCCACAGAGGAUCAGGGCACAGCACCUGGGCCACAGGGUGUCUGGGACGAGCGGGUUUCUCCAGCUCUCGGAAUGACCUGGUCCAACCAGCUCUUAAUGAGACUGAUGGUCAGCCGGCGCCACCCCGACCGUACCCUGAGGGUGGUCUUCGCCCCUCACCUGCCCCCCUCGUCCUGUUGCUACACAGUCAACGCAGAGGGAGUGCGAGGGACUCCUGGGACCACGUCCUGCUGA